UUCCCUUUGUUAGAACCUUAGACCACCCUUCUCUCUUAUUGACCUGUUUUUUUUCAAAGCUCUUUUUAGCAAACGUUUAUUCCUCUUGUUUAGCUAAUCCGACUUUGAUUACUCGGUUACAGCCAUUCAAUGUUUGAACAUCUUUAUAGCUAUGGACAAUCCCAGCAACAACAACAACACCAACAACAACAUUCUCAAUCAAAUGAAAUCAAGCACUUGCAACCUUAUGGAGAAAACAGUUAUGAAUACGAUAGCUCUUUGACUGAUGUUCAUUCAACUGCUGCUUUACCUGCAUUCGCCUUCUUAUCUCAACACUCGACUUUACCUCCUCAGUUACAACUACAGGAACCUCAUCAGUUUAACGGAUUCCACCAUGAUACCAACAACAGUAGUAGCAACAACACCAACAGCAGUAAUAAUAAUGAUAAUAAUAAUAACAAUAGCAACAACGAUAUUGGAACAAGUAAUAGUAUAGCCAUCAGCCAUACCGAUCAACACAGACCAAGUAUAGAGGACCACAAUUCUUCAUUGACUCAAUUUAGUGCCUUUCAAUCGUUGGAUCAGCAAGAUAUUACGGACGCCACUUUCUCCCUUCAAAAUUCAAUACCACAACUUUAUCAUCAUGUUGAUAUUAGCAGCAUUGUACAUAGUCCUGUGCUUUCAGUACCUGAUUUACCAACCACAUUACCACCACUUAAUUCAUCAUUGGCUAUUCCACAACCAUCCACUUCCAUUUCUCAGUCAACGACUUCAGUUUUAAAAUCUGAUGAUUUACCAGCAUUGAAAAAGCAGCGUAUGAAACGUGGACUUGGUGAACGAGCUACGUGGACACCUGAAGAAGAUAAUGUUUUACGAUUGGCGGUACAGUUUUAUGGUUACAACACUGAAAAAUGGGCCAAGAUCGCAGCCUGUGUACCUGGACGAACUAACAAAAACUGUAGAAAAAGAUGGUUUCACUCCCUGGAUCCGUCAUUACGAAAAGGUGCCUGGACCGAAGAAGAAGAUCAACUCUUACGAGAAGGUGUCAAGAAGUUCCCUAAUCAAUGGAGCAAGAUUGCAGAUAGACUGGAAGGACGUACGGAUGAUCAAUGUGCGAAACGAUGGAGGGAAAGCUUGGAUCCUACAAUAGAUCGAUCUGACUGGACAACGGAGGAAGAUAUACGACUGGCGGAAAAGUAUCGGGAGUAUGGAUCACAAUGGCAAAAGAUCGCUCAAUUUUUUGAUGGAAGACCUGGAUUACAUUGUAGAAAUCGAUGGCGAAAAUUACAACGGAUGUCUCAGAUGCAAAAGGUGAAAGACAAAAAAUCUCUGACGAAAUCAUCAUCAUCAUCAUCAUCUGGUAUUAUAACAAUCGGUGGACACAAGAAUAACAAUAUCGAUACAACAAAACAGAAUGAAUCGACGUUAGACAAUGCUGGAUCUAUGGCAUCAUUCAUCAACAUGGGACCUGAUGAUACAAUUAAUACACGAUUUCACCAUCAUCAUCAAAGUCAUUCAAGUCAGCAUCCCAACAUAUCAGCAACAGCUACUACUAUCAGCGUUUCAGGAAAUACCAGAUCGGAUAUCUCUCCAUCAUCAUUCUCAUCAAAUACUUUCAACACAGCAUCAAUAUCAUUACCUGGAUCAACAUCUGCUGAUAAUUCUAUAGGAUCAACUAUUGCAAUUUCACCGCUAUCUUCACUCUUUCAACAACAAUCCAUUCAUACGACAUCUCGCCCUCAAAGUACAACGACAUCGUCAUCCUCGUCUUCGAAUACUACUAUUAUGAAUACAACAUUCCAUUCAAUGAAUCAUGAUCGACAACAACACGACUAUGAAGUAGCAGAACCUCUUGGCCAUUUGAAUCCGUAUGGUUGCGAUAUACCUGGGUGCUUUGAAACGUUCAGUCAAUCAAGUGGAUUAUUCUAUCAUAUGCGAAAUGCACAUCCUGAUCUGACUGGAAUCGAGAGACCUUACCGAUGCGCUGUGAUGAACUGUUCCAAGAAGUACAAGAAUAUCAAUGGGUUACAAUAUCAUUUACGGGACGCUAAGGGAUCAUCGGGUCAUGCUGCUGCCAUUUCUGUAUCGCCAAUUCUGGACAAAAGUAGUGAUAUCAACAAUAACGAUAGUAGCAGUAAUAGUGGUAAUAGUAGCCAUAGUAACAACAACAAUCACAACAACAACAACAAUCACAACAACAACAACAAUCACAACAACAACAACAAUCACAACAACAACAACAAUCACAACAAUCACAACAACAAUCACAACAAUAACAAUCACAACAAUAACAAUCACAACAAUAACAAUCACAACAAUAACAAAUCACAACAAUAACAAUCACAAUCACAACAAUAACAAUCACAACAACAAUAACAAUCACAACAACAAUAACAAUCACAACAACAAUA